GGCGAGAGACGGGUCGUGGUGGUUCUCGCAAGUCGUGGUCUUACUGACUGCUCGAAUGCCCCCCAACUCUCUCAGCCUGCUGAGCGACAAGACGGCAGAGGGGGAUGAGUUUCUUCUUUCCUACGACUCCCUUGAGCAAGACAUGCAACAAGCCAUCAAGGCCAGCACCUUCUGCAUGGAGAAAGACAACUCCACCUCUCGUCCCGUCACCUCAGACCUCCUUCAAGACACGGCUUCGGAGCUUUCAGACCCUCUCCUGCAAGCCCCCAGCUCGCCUGCUGAGCCUGCCCCAGACAAGCUCUCAAGCACGCUGACCUCUCGAUUGGAUCGCUACUCCGCCAUCGGGACCAUCGAGGCUCAUGCGCUGGACACGAUCUGCCGGCUGAGAGUGAAGGAAAGAACAAAGUUGACAGGCUCCAGGCUAUUGAAGUCAGCCAUCAUGCAUAGAACCUCCCUUGCCAUGCUAGCGAGCGGCAGGACGCAGGCUGACAAGGUGGAGCGACGCAUCGCUGCUCUGACUUUGAGCCACCCGUCGGCACACAACCCCGUAUGCAGCGUUGCGUUUCGAUCGAAGCUCGGCCUGGACGUGUAUCACGGUAGAGGAGAGGCCGGAGACAACCAGCACACCGCAGAGUACAAGACCGCCGAGUGGACGCGGCCGAGCUCAGCCAUGCACUUGUCCAGGCCUCAGAAGCAGGAGGCUCGAGCAGCCAUCGAAGCAGCGCAGCUCGCCCUAGGCCAUCCCAUCUGACCCCUUGUCUGAGCCCUGGCUGUCGGACCCUGCAUGUUCUCCUCCUCUACUUGAAGCAGAUACACACCGACGGGGAGCAAUCGUCUCCUGUGCAGUUGAGAUACC